UUUCCGCACUCCACAUCCCACUCCUUGAACACUCUCCACUCAUGGCGUACACCGCUCAGCAAUGCCCAAGGAGGACAGCGACACGCCCAAGCGCAACCGCGGGGGUAACCGCAACCAGCCCAUCGUCAGCUGCCUCGAAUGUCGCCGCAUGAAGUGGAGAUGUGACCGGCAGUUCCCCUGCGCACAUUGCCGCCGCCGUGGCCUAUCUCACUUGUGCCCGGGCAAGGUGCCCAGCGCGGCCAUCGGCGCAACGCGUGCCGGCAUCCCAUCUACAUCCGACCGUCGGCUCGCACCGACCCCACCUUCGGCAGUUACUGAAAUCUUGACGGCGCGGAUCGCCGAGCUCGAGGCUCAAAUAGAAGCCGUGCGAGCUGCGAUCAGCGCACCGCGCCCAUCUACUGCCAGCCCCGCCGUCACUCGCGACUCUGAAGUUGUGGAGGAGGAGGCGGGUGGCAAGCCUGGUGACGAUGCGCUGCUGUCCGUGGACGACGGGGGCCGCUCCACAUUCUAUGGAAGUGCUGCCACCCAUUAUCUUAUCGGGCGAGAAGAGGCAGACAUGCGCCUUGUUGCGCCUUUCGUUGGCGGAGGCGGGGGUCUAACGGACAUCCUGUUGGGCAAGCUUCCUGCACGCGCUCUGGGCGAGCGCUGGCUUCAAAUCUACUUUGAGUGUGCGUCAUUCAUGAACGACAUUGUUGAGCGCGGACGAGUGGCCGCCGAGAUGGACGCGUGCUAUACCCUGACUCCGACCGACAACCAGCAGGCCGCCAUUGUGCUCACAAUCUUGUCGAUCGGCGCAUCCACCGACCUCGACUUGCCUCCGUAUAACGCCGAGGCUGAGAAGCUUUUCAUGGCUGCUCGGGCGGCCCUCAACAUCGACCCCAGCGGGUCGAUGGCGUUCGUGCAGUGCAUCACGCUCAUGAGCCGUUAUCUCGCCAACUGCACCCACCCGUACACUUUCGGGACAUUUUGGACGACGCUAGGCACUGCCGCGCGAUGCGCACAGUCUCUUGGGCUGCACCGCGAUGGGUCAAAGUGGGGAUUCGACCCCGAAGUGUCCGAUCUACGCCGCCGCGUCUUCUGGGAGAUUCAAACCGAGGACGUGCUUCAGAGUUUGACGCAGGGAAGGCCUCGAUGUAUCACCGACGCAACGAUUGAUGCGCGCUUUCCAACUGCAUCGCACGACGGUGAUCGAGUGCAGACUCUCUUCAACGACGCUAAAUACCGUCUCAUCCGAAUCAUGGGACAGAUCAACGACCAGCAGACCACGACACGGCCGGUGCCCUAUGCUGACACCAUGCGCCUACAUCACGCCAUCCGCGAGUUCGAGUGUGACCUCGCACCGGAGCUUAAAGCGGGAUACGCCGGACCUGUGGGUGGGGGCGCAUCCUUCGCGGCAUGGCAGCAGCUCUACAUCCGCUUGCUAGUACAUGUGUCUUACAACUUCUUGCACCACGCACACUUUGCGCGCGCCUUACGUGACUACCCCACAGAGCCGCUCGCCUCGCCCUUCCAGUUCAGCUAUGUUGCAGAACUGGAUGCGAGCCGCGCGAUCCUCAACAUUUUCGAGGACGCGUUGGAGCUCAGCACACCCGUCGCCUCGCGCUUCUGGAUCUUCUUCUUUGACGCAUUCACAAGCACGAUCAACUUUGCCGGGGUGGCGAUGCGCGCGCCGCGCUCAUCGUUGGCGCCGGCGGCCUUGAGCCAGGCAGAGCGCGGGGUGGCGCUGGCCACACGGCUCCCUGAUGGAAUUCGGGGGCGUGAGGAUCUUCCCAUGCUUCGUCGGGUGCUCGCGCGGGCGCAACAGGCAAUGGUACAGGGCGCGGACGGGGGAAGUGACGAUGAAAGCUCCGCGCUCCUACGAACCGGCCACCAGGUUGUCCGGCAGAGCGGGGCGAACGUGUCGCCAAAGCUACUGCAGUCUUUCUCGCCGCACGCCAACAUCGGACUAGGCGAGGACGAGCGCCGCCUCCCCGCAACGCUCGAUGAAGCCCGCGAAGUUGCAGAGACCCUCCCUGGUCCCGAGCUUGCGCUCGAGCUCGACCCCUUGAUUUUUCAUGUUGUGCAGGACGACUUUGGGCGAUGUGUUGAUGACGAGCUUGAGGCUUUUAUUGCCAGUAUCGGAUUAGCGCCGCUGAAGGAGGCCUAGAAUUCGACUGUACUUUCUGCACUGCAUGCAUCUACGUUCACUCCCUCGGUGUGGAAUGCUCUCGA